GACUUUUCUGUUCGGUUUCCGAGAAUCAUCAUCAGAUUGGAGAGAUUCUGAGAAAGGAAAAGAAAAAAAACAAAAAGGAAAGGAAAGGGUGAGAGAUCAGGUCUGAAGGAAGAAGGGAGGAAGCAGAUAACAUGUCUGCGAUUGUUUGCGGGAGCAAGAGAUCUGUGUUCGAGGAUUUGUCUUCUUCGCCUCCCCUCUCCAAGAAACUCCGUCGCUUUUCUUCCUCCUCCUCCUCCCUUCUUCUCCUCCCUCACCUCGCCGCCCUUUUCCCCGACAUGGAUACUCAUAUUCUUGAGCGGGCAAUCGAGGAAUGUGGAGAUGAUAUUGAUUCCGCUAUUAGAUCUUUGAAUCAGCUUCGUUUAGACAAGAGUUCAGAAUCAUCUCUAAUCCAGGAAGAAGCAAAAGUUGAAGGAGGAGGAUCGUCAGGGAAGGAGGAAGUCUUGAACAUGGAUGGUAACGAGUGGGUUGAGUUAUUUGUAAGGGAGAUGAUGAAUGCUUCUGACAUGAAAGACGCCAAAGACCGUGCGUCAAGAGCAUUACAAGCUUUGGAGAAGUCCAUCAACACGCGUGCUGGUUCCGACGCAGCGAUGCAGAUCAGUCUACAACAGGAGAACUUGAUGUUAAGGCAGCAGUUAGAAGCUAUCGUCCAGGAGAACAGUUUGCUGAAACGAGCCGUGGUGACGCAACAGAAGCGGCAGAAGGAAACCGAAGAUCAAAGCCAGGAGUUGCAGCGUUUGAGGCAGAUGGUUACUCAAUACCAGGAACAGCUGAGGACUCUCGAGGUGAAUAAUUAUGCUCUAACGCUUCAUUUGAAACAAGCGCAGCAGAACAAUAGUUCCAUCCCUGGUCGGUACAAUCCAGACGUGUUCUAAUGUGCUUUGUUAGUCUGAGGAAAGCAGCUCAGACGUAUAUCUAUCUAAUUUGGUUUCAAGUGUUUAUUGUAUGUUUUCUGCUUCUCUGUUGGUUUGUGACUAUUUAUUGUUAUAUGAAUGUCUGGAAUGAAUGGUGAAAUGGCUCUAGUUGGGGAACAACGAUGUCUCCGAAACAGUUUACUUGUAUUUUUUUAGACAAGGCUGAUUCUGUAAGGUUACAAGUGUAUUCCAUACAGCAAUUAAAUAAAACUACAUCUUGUA